AUGUUUGAAUGGAUGCCUAUUCUAAAAGGAAAGUAUUUCACAGCUGAAUAAUAUUUACAAAUAUUAGUUUUAGUCAAUUUGUUAAUUUUUGGAUUGAUUUUCUAUAAGUAAAAAAAAUUCAAGAACCUUGUAUCCAUUACUAUUAAUUUAGCAAUUUUGUCUUUCUCUUGGUUUGGAGAUUUUAAAUACCUAUCAUUGAUUAUUCUAAUUAUUUACAAUAGAAAUUCACUCUCUAGGAUAAUUAUUGUUGUAAUACUCUAUUUACUCACAUAUGAUGUUUGUUUUGCAAUGCAUAAUAUCGAUCAAGGUUUCAUUUUUAGUUUAGAUGGUGCUGCUUUCAGUACUUAAUUCACUAGAUUGUUUUUAGAUAAUUAGAAAUUUCAUUCAUAUAUAACAUUGACAUAAUAUCAUAAUGCAAUCAUAUUCAACUUCUAAAUUCAAGAUUAGUCUAAUUAUGUAGUCUAUUGUAAUUCUGUUUAAUAACGUAUCACAAAUACAAAAUUAUAUGAUAGAUAUGUUUAUCAUAGUGUUAUUCAGGUAGAUAAGAAAUAAAAUAAAAUACAAAUUUUUGAUGGUUCAAAAUUGUUAGGUGAAUAUUAUUACUAUGAUUUUAAUUCUACUAAUAUAGUAAUAAUAGAUGGAGGUGAUUCAGGUUACACUGAAACUUCUAUUCAAAUAUGGAAAGCUAUGGAAUCUGUACCUCAAAUUGAUGCAAUCAAUAUAGGAGGAGAUGUGGCAUAUGAUAAUGGAUUUAUUUAAUGCACAACAUGUUGGGAUAAAUUCUUAGAUUUAUAUGAAAAUUUAUGUAAAUAAAAAGGGAAAUUGAUACCCUUAAUAUUUUCAAUUGGUAAUCAUGAUGUUGGAAGAGUUACUGAUCCUUAAUUGUUAUACAAUAAUUAAUAAAAUUAAAAAGUACCCAAUAUAAUUUAAAUGUUUCCAUAAUAGUUGAUUAAUAAAUAAAUUCCUUUGGUUUAAGAUAGAACUUCAUAUUUUGUUCAUAGAAUCGGACCCAUUAAUUUUAUUACAAUUGAUAGUGGAUAUAUGACAAAGUAUAUUAAAAUAUAUAUUUAGUUCUGAGAGCCAAAAAGAGUUUUUAUAAAAUUGUAUAGAGAAAAAUAAAGUUAAUUUAGUUAGUUAUCAUGUACCAGUUGUUCCUCUAUAAGUAGAGGAUGAAAAGUUUUUAUGGAAUUUAGGAGAUGAAUUAAAUAAAGUUGUUUUAGUUUUUGAACAUCAUAAACAUAAUUUUAAAAGAACUAAAAGAAUUUAAGUUCUUAAAUCUGAUAGUAAAUUAAAAGUUUAUCCUGGGAAUACUUAUUAUGUAGGAAAUGGAGCAAUGGGAAUAUAGUCUGCUAAUAAAGUUGAACAUGCAAUAAUAGAAAAAUCAAGUAGAUAAGCUCAUUUUUGGGUAUAUAAUUAUGAUAAUGGGAAAUAAUAUGUUUAUGCAAUUAAUAAAGAUGGAAAUAGGAUAGAUUAUUUUGAAAUAGAUUAAUUUAAAGUAAAAUGA